CCCGACCUGCUGUGUGCCCUUGGGCCUCUGCUUCAGUUGCCCCAUCUGCACAAUAGGAAGCUGGACUCUGGCCUCUAGCAGGCCUCUGCUUAUGCUUCCCCCAUUAAACUGCCCGUGGGCUCGCAUCCUGUUUCUCACUCCCCAUCUGUAUGACUCCGAGCACUAAGGUCCUAUCUAGUACAGGGGACUCGUAGGGCAUAUGCCCCAGGAGUGACAACGAAUGUUUUAAAAAGCUGCAAAUACAGUAUUUGUUGGACAAACUGAUUCCACUCUGGCCAUCAGACUUGCAGGAGAGGAGGUCUUGGAGUCAUUUCACCUGGAGGAGAGAGCUUAGCCUCCUUUAAACCUCAUGCAUAACAGCUAUAAUUUAUUGAGAACCAACGGUGCCAAAAUUGGGGACGCAGCAGAGAACAAACUGAGCAAAGAUCUGCGUCCUCCUGGGGUUGGCAUCCUAGUGGCAGCAUGCCAUGGUGGUAUGGAGCCAAAAUCCGGGCCCCUCACUCAUUGGUCAUGACCUUUCUCUUCCGGAGUGGCAGCCUCCGAGAGAAGCUUCAGGCCAUCCUGCAGGCCACGUACACCCAUUCUUCCAACCUGGCCUGCUUCGUGUUCACCUACAAGGGGCUUUGCGCCCUGCAGUCCUACGCGCAGGGUGAGACCUACCAGGUGCACUCAUUCCUGGCUGCCUUCUUUGGAGGCUGGCUGAUAUUUAGAGAGAACAAUAGCAUCAACAGCCAGAUCAGCAUGUACCUGUUGUCUCGUGUCCUGUUUGCCCUGUGCCGCCUGGGCGUAGAGAAGGGCUACAUUCCCAAACCCAAGUGGGACCCAUUUCCAUGGUUCUCUGCGCUGGUGUGGGGGCUGGUGCUGUGGCUCUUUGAGUACCACCGGCCCACACUGCAGCCCUCGCUGCAGUCCUCCAUGACCUACCUGUACGAGGACAGCAAUGUGUGGCACGACAUCUCAGACUUCCUCAUCUACAACAAGAGCAGCCCCUCAAAGUAGUGUAGUCCUGAGGGACUUAUGGGUGCUUUUUCACCCGAGUCGGCUCCAGGCGGUAUCCAGCUGUGACUCAAGAUUGGCUCCACCAGUGAAACCUCCCAGAGGAUCCUGCCUUCUCAAGAUCAUGGCGCUCAGACUCCAUCUUUUAUUAUCCCAGGGUUCCAUUUUCCGAAGCAAAAGCACCAAUUUUCAAAUCCCAUUAGGUACUCUUGAAUGGUGGAACAAAUGGCCGAAUCAGGUUGAGAAGCCUUGGGCAUGGUUCUAGCUGUGCUGCUGACUUCUGUGACACCAGGGAAAGUCACCCGCUCUGGGCCUCAAGGGUCGUCGAGCUUAAAGGAGGGCCCUGAAAGUGGGUAUGUUCUUCGACUGUUCUUAUGUAAUAGAAGGCUUCUUGCUGGUGGGAAGUGAAUUUGCAAAUAAUGUUUUUACUAAAUAUUGGAUUGUCGGAAAAGUCAUGACGCAUUUUUGCAACAAAAAACAUAGAAAAAAUAUGUCAUGACUUUUCUGAAAACCCAAUACUAAGUUCCUUAUCUCAGGUAUUCUAUUGGAGAAGCUCUAACGUUCCAUGAUCCAAUAGAAACACAGUGAGAAUCAUAUAUGUAAUUGAAAUAUUUCGGAUAUGGCCACAUUAAAAAAAAAAAUGGAAAGAGCCAGAUGAGAUUAACCUUAAUUAUUUAUUUUAGCUCAGAUUUCUAAAAUAUUAUUAUUUCAACAUGUAAUUAAUAUGAAAAUUAACGAGAUAGUUUACGUUCUUUUUUCUUGUACUAAAUCAUCAAAAUCAAGUGUGUUGUA